CAGAAGUUGACGUUUCAGUUGUGCGCUAUGGGUUGAUUAUUUUUGGAUUUUAGUUAAAUAAAAUAUGGCUCAAUUGCUUUAUGUCAUUGCUAGCUUACACGUGUUACUAUGCCCAUUUACAAAAGUCGAAGAAAGUUUCAAUAUACAAGCAUUUCACGAUAUUUUAUAUCAUCGACAUAACCUCUCACAGUACGACCACAAUGAGUUCCCGGGGGUGGUGCCGCGUACAUUCGUCGGGCCGCUUAUUAUUUCGGCUCUAUCGGCACCUAUGGCCGCAAUUUUUCAUCUGUUUGGAAUAAAUAAGUUUUGGAUGCAGUAUGUUGUGCGUCUAGUAUUAGCACUGACAGUGAUUGGAGCAUGGACGCGGCUGAGGAACACGCUGCAGAAACAGUUUGGGAACACAUUUGCUUGGUGGUUCACUUUAAUAACAGUCACUCAGUACCACUUCAUGUUUUACAUGAGCCGUCCACUACCUAAUAUUCUAGCAUUACCCCUUGUGUUGCUAGCCUUUGAAGGAUGGAUAUCAGGCAAGCGCAGGCAGUUCCUGAUAUCAGCGGGGGCCAGCAUGAUCAUCUUCCGGUCUGAGCUGGCCGUUCUGUUCGGACUGUUCCUUGUCAUUGAUAUGUACUUUAAGAAGAUCGACUUCCAAACGUUGCUCAAGAUAGUGUUGCCGGCGGGCGCGGGCCUGGUGGCGCUGACCGUGGUGGUGGACUCCGUGUUCUGGGGGCGGCUGCUGUGGCCCGAGGCCGAGGUGUUCUGGUACAACACCGUGUUGAACAAGAGCUCGGAUUGGGGUACUUCCCCAUUCCUCUGGUACCUAUACUCGGCGCUGCCCCGCGGGCUCGGCCCGAGCCUGCUCCUAGCGCCCCUAGGCGCGUACCUAGACAAACGAAUGGUGCAAGUGGUCGCUCCGGCCCUUGUCUACGUGCUGCUGUAUUCAAUGUUGCCGCAUAAAGAGCUGCGGUUCAUUAUAUAUGUGUUCCCGUUGUUCAAUAUGGCGUCCGCUGCGGCCUGCUCUUAUAUAUUCACUCGCCGAACGAAAGCACCGAUCUUCGAGCUCCUGUUCUGGGGCACCGUUGUGGUGGUGGUCGGCAAUGUGCUGCUGUCGGUCGCCUUCGUGUCCGUGGCCAUGACCAACUACCCGGGUGGGGUCGCCAUGACGAGAUUCCACAAGCUCCUAAAGAACGAACCAUACGUCCACGUACAUAUCAGCAACUUGGCAGCACAGACCGGCGUCACCAGGUUCACACAGAUCCACGACCAUUGGCAAUACAGCAAAAACGAAUCUCUCGACGCGGAACAAUUACAACAGUACACCCACCUCCUAAUAGAAGCUAAGAGUAAAUAUUCACCUAACCUCAAAGCAUUCACACAUACGCAUACAGUUCUAGAGGGUAUAGAGACAUUUUCUGCAAUUUCACUAAAUUAUAAAAUUUUACCUCCGAUCAAAAUAAAAACUCGCCCAGCGCUGUUUAUUCUACAGAGGAGAGAUUUUCGUGAAUAUCCACAAGGUCAUAAACUACGUAUUGAUAGCGGUGGUCGAGAGGAACCGGAUUUAAGUAGACCUCCUGACGACGGUAUGUACAAUGAAUUGGAAACAGAAUAUACUAAUUAUGAUAGUUCUGAAUCUGAAGGUGUGCCAGAUGAAGAACAAUUUGAAGAAGAAGUACGGAUAGUUGAAAUUGAGGAGCCAAUAGUUAAAGCAGAAAAUAUUGUUGAAACUGAAGAAGAAUCUCCUGCAAACGACGAGACAGCAAAUGAUGCAAGUGAUCUACCCGUCGAAGAUAGUAUGGGCGAAAUAGACAACACACUACCUGUUCAAGAAAUUGAAGAGAAGGCAGAAUCUAAAAAGUCAAAAGUUAAGAAAGCAAUUGAAGAGUUAAAAAGUUUGAGGAAAGAGAAAAAACGAAAAGCGAUAGCGAAAAUAAAAUCUGAAACUCGAAAAGAGGUUGUGGCAUCUGCGAAAGAAAAGCUUAGGGAGUUGAUGAGACGACACAAAAAGAUCGCGGAGGAACUCUCUGAUGACGGCGUUGGUGCAGAACAUAUAGUUGAAGUUGAUGGCAGAGGUGAUAUACCUGAAGAAAUACAGGAAACCGUCGUGGAAGAACUAACUCAACUUGAUACUGAAAAUCAAAUUGAAAAGGAUCAAGAUGUAACUAAAAAUAUUAAAGUUAGUGACGAAACGGCGGGCACAAAUAAAAUCAUAGACGAAAUAGUGGAAGAAGUUAUAGCUAGACUUAUAGAUAGGAAAAUAUAUGACCAUAAAACUAAACCGGAGGAUAUCAAAGCCGAGGACAGGCAAGUGAUCCAACAGAUUGUAGUAGAGGUCUUAGCAGAGAAAAUGAACUAUACUAGAUUUGAUCAGUAAUUGUUUUUAGUAUUUACUGACAUUGUUACAGUUACUAAUUUGAUCUCGGAUAUAGUUAUCUAACGGUCUACUUUACCGUCAGAUUAAAAUAACUACGUACACAGCAAAUUUUGAGAUAUGCAGCCCUGGUUUGAAUACUUCUAUCCAGAACAUUAUUAUAUAUUAACCUUUUCGACGCCGUAUCAAACAAAAGCUGUCACUCGGACGCCACGUAACCGAAGUGUCUAAACUGAAAUUGAACUUUAUGCAAAUGCACGUAGGUCUAUGUUGCUCUGUGGUCUGUGACCUAUUAAUCAGUCUUUGGCAUUGGACCUGCGGUGCAGAUAUAUCGGUCAUUAGCGUCCAAAAGGUUAAAUCAUAUUUAUAUCGGGUCUAUUAUGUAACCUGCUUAGCAGCAUCGGAAAUAAAUGUAGCAAAAUGAAUUCGCGAUAGACCUGUCGAUAACUAUGAUUUAAUAUGUAUUCAAAACGAGACAACGAAACGAAACGUUUAUGUACGAAAUAUCAUUUGAUAUUUGCCAGUCGCUUUUCGGUGAAGGAAAACAUCGUGAGGAAACCGGACUAAUCCCAAUAAGGCCUAGUUUACCCUCUGGGUUGGAAGGUCAGAUGGCAGUCGCUUUCGUAAAACUAGUGCCUACGUCAAAUCAUGGGAUUAGUUGUCAAGCGGACCCCAGGCUCCCAUGAGCCGUGGCAGAAUGCCGGGAUAACGCGAGGAAGAAGAAGAAGGUGUAUUCAAAACGAGGAAGUUUUAAAUGUUAUAUCCUAUCCAGAGAAGUUUAAUAUCGCUACAUUUCAAUGUUCGAAUCUUUAGAACAAUUUAUGAUUAUUCAAUGCAUUUUACAGGUAACAGCAUUUCUCUAAUACAUAGCAUUUUAUACUAAUGCAAUAUUUUACUGUUAGCAUUUAAUGGCAAGAUAUCUAGUCACAUAUCCGAAAAAUCUGUCUAUUGUUGAAUUUGUCGUUGUGUAUUUAUUAUUAAGAUUUUCUUACGAUGUGUAAAUAAAACGAUUAAUAAUUA